AUGGUGGUGGUGGCGGUAGUGGAGUUGGCCGGCUGCGGGGCGGGGGCGCUGUUGGAGGAGGGGCAGAGGAGAUUGCGCAGCCUCUUCUGGCGGGUGCGAGCGGAGAUGAGGCGGCAGGUGAGCAAGGACCGAACCAGGAAGCGGCAGCGCUUCAGCUUCCGCUACGACCCCCUGAGCUACGCCCUCAACUUCGACGACGGCUGUUACGGCUUCUUCUGCUGA